UCGCUUUACUUCUUCCCUUGAUUUAGAUUCAACACAUCCUCACCUAUCCCCCUUCUCUCUAGGCACUACGUUGCGCCCACCUCCAAAUCCUGCGUUGCUGCCUCACCUCCGCAGCCUUGUUUCCGCUUGCCGCCUGGCCGACCGUACUCGCCGACGACCCGAAGCAACCAUUACGCGAUGCAACCUAGAUCUCAACGCCAUCCGUUUCGCCAGUUGGUGUGCCAUCCUGUAAAUUGACGGAUUUCCCUCAUCCUGUCGUCUUCGUGAUGCCAAAGGAAGUCGUGGUUAGGAGCAUAUACAUGAUCUGAUGUCUGAUGAGUUCAUUUCUGUUGGUCAGUCGCACUAAAGAUGGAUACGAUGAUAUUCUUGACUUUCCCUGUCUUAUCUCACAAGUUAGCACCUAUCUCAGCUUCUGACGGCGUCUGAUAGGUCGUUGGGAUUAUAGAUCCUGAAGGUACUUUCUUUUCCCUUUUUAUCAAAUCACAUUGUUUUUCAAGGUGCAUUAUAGCAACAUGUGUAUUAUGUUGUCACCAUUGCCAACUAGUUGUGAAAUGGAUGGCGAUGUAAUCAUUGAAAAAACUUAUAGUGAUUUCAUUUUAUCUUGCACACUACUACUAGAUAGCAGUUUCCCUGUGUCAACCAAACGAUGAAUCCCUGUGACCCACUCAUCAUAGGCCAUAAGCCCAUACCAAAUCUGUUCUUUCAUAGUGAAUCCCUGUGACCCACUCAGUGUAGGCCAUAAGCCCAUACCAAAUAUGUUCUUUCAUAUACACAACCGUGUCAUUGUCAUAAGGCAUGAACAUGAUAAAAAAUGUUUCAAGGCCCACUUAUUUACUAAUUUAAGCAUUGAACCGGACCAACAGAAAAAUGUGCAUUCAUUGUUUUUUGGAGGGUGAAACUUCGCUUGAGUUUUAAUUUUUGGGUUCAGAUGGCGUUUACACACGUACUUUAUUGUUCCCCAGUUUUAUAUCAUCUAUUAUUUUCUUUUCUUUUGGUGCAAAUAAGUUCAGAUCAUAGAUUGGGGAUGUCCACAUGUGUACUACCUAAUGAGCUGGUGGUGGACAUCCUGUCUCGACUGCCGCUGAAGUCCCUGUGCCGCUUCAAAUGUGUCUGCAAGUCUUGGCUUGCCUUCUCAUCUCAUCCAUACUACCGACAAAAGUUCCCAAGAACUCCCACUGGUCUCUUGUACCAGAAAUUUGAGCGUGGCAGACUUGCCUCCUCUCUUGGUAGUGGCAUCCAUCUCGCCAGACUGCCCUCAAGUGACAAGGAAAUUGACACAACACUUAGCUUUGUGCCAUGUUAUAAGUACCCAAUACUGCUUCGGGGUUGCUGCAAUGGCCUACUUCUUUGUUAUCAGAAAAAUAGAAUUGAAGAAAUUUCCAACGCUAUUGUGUGCAAUCCAGCAACUCAAGAGUGGAUGGCACUUCCAGAUACUGAACCUGGACCAUCGGUCUUUUCAGCUAAUCUCAAGUUGUGUUUUGAUCCAUUAUGGUCUCAACACUUUUGUGUCUUCAAAUUUCAGUCGAGCGCGGUCCUGGACCCUCAUAUAAUUGGAACCUCCACUGAAGUUAAGGUAUUUUUCUCUGAGGAUUCCACGUGGUCUAGUUGUCUUUGGUGGUCUAGUUGUCUUUGGGAAUAUGGAGAUGGAUUUGAAGGUGAUCCGCUCUUUGUAAAUGGGGUGUUGUACAUGAAGCACCUAUUGGCUCAUAAAAUUCUGGCGCUUGACGCACCUGAUAGAAGUACGAAGUGGCUCGAUCAUAGGAUCAUUCAGCUGCCAGGAUAUCCGAAUAGGUCCAAAAUGACUUUCUGUUCUAAUGGAUGUAUUGGCCAGUCUUCGGGUGUCUUAUGCUACGCGAAACAAGAAUUUGAUGGCUGCGCAAUACGGAUUUGGAGUUUGGAAGUCCCUGAUGGGUGGGCGGUGAGGCAUCGUGUAAGUAUGGUUGAUAUAUUUGGCAGAGACAUUUUUCUCCGCACUGACCGUGAAGGAUACUGGGUUUUCGAAUAUAAAAUCAUGGCCGUUGACCUAGAGAGGGAGCUGGUUAUCCUUGAGGACAAAAUUGUUGAUAAGAUCAUCUCAGCUAGCAUCAGUACUGGUAAACGCUCACAGUCCCAAAAGAUUCCAAGAAGCUUCACCCGAAAAUAUCGCAGCCUAUUCUAUGUGCCAUACUAUGGCAAAGUUCCAGCUUUAGCAGUUAAGGGUCAGAGGAUGAAUCAUUCUAUGUUUUACAAUUUAUGGCAUCAGUUCUUUACUUUCCUUUUUAAGUUGGAUUAAGCUACUGUUAUGUGAUGUACUAUACUGGAUUGUUGUCUUUUCGUGCCACUCGUGUGAACAUUGUAGAACUCGCCUUUUCAGCCUGUCAA